AUGGCUGAUAUGAACCAUGACGUGAUUGUUAACGUGAACGGCGAUUCCUCCAAAAGUUCUGAUGACAAGGAAGCCUCUGUGCCCCUUUUGCAGAAGUUGGUGGCAGAGGUGGUGGGGACGUACUUGUUGAUAUUUGCAGGGUGUGCUUCGGUGGUGGUGAACCUUGGCAACGACAAGGUGGUGACACAACCUGGGAUUUCAAUUGUUUGGGGACUCGCCGUUAUGGUUUUAGUUUACUCUGUUGGUCAUAUCUCUGGUGCUCAUUUCAACCCUGCUGUCACCAUUGCUCUUGCUUCCACGAGAAGGUUUCCUUUGAAGGAGGUGCCAGCGUACAUAGCAGCGCAGGUUGCUGGAGCCACACUUGCGAGUGGGACUCUCAGACUUAUAUUCAUAGGCAAAGAAGACCAUUUUCCGGGAACACUCCCUUCAGGUUCUGAUGUGCAAGCCUUUGUAGUCGAAUUCUUGAUGACUUUUUUUCUCAUGUUCGUCGUCUCUGGAGUCGCCACCGAUAAGAGAGCGAUUGGUGAAUUGGCAGGAGUUGCAAUUGGGUCUACAGUACUGUUAAAUGUGAUGAUAUCCGGGCCAAUCACUGGAGCAUCAAUGAAUCCAGUACGGAGCUUAGGACCUGCUAUUGUACAUCGUGAGUAUAGGGGAAUAUGGAUAUAUAUGGUGUCACCAAUUCUUGGAGCUUUGGCUGGUACAUGGGUCUACAAUUUCAUUAGGUACACUAACAAGCCUGUGCGUGAGAUCAAGAGUGCCUCUUUCCUUCAAGUUCGCGAAGCUGAGUGA